UCUUUUCUAAUUCCUUCGUCAGCCCAUUCUAUCCAGAUGUUUCAGACGGCUCUAGAAUCCUCCUACACGGUUCUCAAGGACUUCAUCCCCGAAGAGUUCCGCCAUCAACCUCGAAGCAUCUAGGUUUCUUUUUUGAUUGAUCAAUUGUAUAGCGUGGGUUGAACUCUGGUAUAACACUACGUAACACUGAUCUACAAGAAUGACUCCAUUUGAAGGGAUUUAAGGUCGACUGCCUCCUUUGCUAAGAUCUUACAUGGAUGUGCAGUCUCUGUUGGUAGAAGUGAAAGUUCAGCUGUGUGACCGUGAUGAGGUUUGACAGAGUGAGAAACAUCCUUCAGGGCCAAGAGAGAAGCUUAUUGAAAAGAAGUUCUACCAUAAAUACCCAUCUCAAGGAUUGUAGGUAUGAUAUGAAUACUUCAGUUGGUGUUCCGCUUGCAUUAGCGGCUACCUCACUUUUGUUUGAUUGUGAGUUCUUCCAUCACAGUUUUUAUACAACGUCCAACAAAUAUCUUAAGCCUUCCAUAUACCAUUCUCUCCAUUUUCUAAAACAUUGUUUCACCAAUGGGCACAUAUCUAUGCCUCUUGAAUCCUCAGGGGUUUAUCUUCAUAUAGUUAUAAAGUUCAAUCACAUGUAUAGUCUAUUGGAUUUUCACGAUCAAACUGAUGUGUCUAAAUUGCGACUCUAUUAGUCUUAUCGAUUAUGGAGUAUAUGUUAAAUUUAACUCUAAGCUCAGGCUCGGUCGGGUUUUAACUUGACCUAGAAAUAACAUGUACUACCUCCAUCCCAUUAGAAGGUUCUCGUCCACUAUUUGCAUGGUCAACUUAAAUCUUUUUUAAUCGUUUACUUUAUAAAUCAAAUUUUUAUCAAAUUUACAUUUUUUUAUCAGCCUUUGUAGUGGUUUUAAUGUAGUUUCUGAAUAUAUUAAUUUUAUUUACUAAAACUAAUCAGAGUGUGAACAGGGAUUAAGUUGCUUUAUCGUCAGUCAAGCAUCGUAAACCGUUCACGGGGACCUUCUAGCGGGACGGAGGGAGUAAUAGAUUGUGUUAUACAACUUCAUGUCGGAACAAGGCUCAAUAUAAUCUGUCUGGUAUUGAAUUUUUGACACCCGGGUUUGGGUCGAUUUAAACUAUCCAACAAGAAGUGAAAAUAAUCAUUUUUUAGUUAGUCCUUUAAUUACGAUAAACUGCGAGAACUAAACAUUUAAUUUGAGGAGUGAAUAUCAUGGUUAUACACUUAUACAAUUUAGUUUAGUUUAUACUAUUCAGUUUAGUUAAAAAUGGAGUUUUGAGGAGUGAAAUUGUGUAUUUCUUAGUUUCUUUCAUACAACAUCUCGAUUGUAGUUUGAGUAGUUUGUAUACUCAGUAGGUUUUUAUUGGUUACUUCUGUAGUUCAUGUCG